CGGUUGCUAGGCAACCUCAAAGCCGGCGGCGGUUUCCCCGCUAGGCCGCGGCGCCUGUUUUUCCUUCCGGGUCAGGCCGAGCGAGGCGAGGUGCUUUUCGCUGCUUUCGAAGAAGCGGCGCCCAGAAUAGUCAUAAAGGAUGCAAAGAACAAAACUGAUAAAUCUGUGCAGAUAAAUAAUAAAGUUAACGCUAUGGUUAGAAACCAGACAGUUGUUGCAAUAGAAGAAAAUGGCUAUUAUGAUUUACAAACCAAAGUCAAGGCAAAGAAAAAGAAGUGCUUGGUAAAUGGAGAGGGUUCAGAUCAGAUAGAUUCAAUGAAGAAAAAUGCUUCCAAAUUGAAGAGCAAAGGUUGUACAAACCUUCCCAUUGUUAUAGAAAGCAGUUCAUAUUCAGAAUUAUUAAAUGAAACUGAUGAAAUGCCUAAGAAGCUCAAGAGAAAAGGAACACAAAGAUUUUCUUGUGAUCAAGAUGGUGAUUGUGAGAUUUCUAGUAAAGAGCUGCCAAUAGAACAGCAGGAAGCCACUAUUUUCAUUAGUAAGAAACGCAAAAGGGAUAUUACAGACAGUGGUGGAAUUGGUGAUGGAUUUCCUGCAAAGAAAAAGAAAAAACACAAACCUGCUCACUGUGUAAUACAACUUAGUGGAGAAGAUGAGGAUGAGCCUGUAAGACACAUCUCCAAAAAACAAAAAAACAUUUCUCAGGAGACUAUGUUUCAUGACGGAAAAAAGAUUCAGACAGGUGACAGGGAUAUUGUCAAGGAAAAAAAAGUUUGCUGUUUAAAAGAAAAAGGUAUCGCCAACACUGAACACCAGUUAGAAGAAGAAUUUGGUUAUAUGAGGAGAUCUCUUGCUUUUCAACAGAUUCUAGAGGGCACAACCAAUGUAUCAGAAGAAGAAAGCAAAGUAAUGAAGAAGAAGAGGAAGAAAAAGAAAAGAAAGCAACCUCUUCUGACAUUAGAGGAUAACCAGGACAAUCAGUCUGGUGUUUCUAUUGAAAGCCAACCAAAACAAAAAUCUAAAAGAAAGCCAAGCGAUGGCAAGGAGAAAACGGGUCUGAUCUCAAACUCUGAACAAGACAGCAAAGUGAAGAAGAAGAAAAUGAAGAAGAGGAAAACCCAGACCAAAGUUGAAAGCGAUCAUUCAGCUCUCUUGGAGGAUGAUGGAGAUGUGGCUACAAAUGAGAGCUGGUCAGCAACAAAGAGGACUAAGAACGCCCCCAAAUCCAAAAAGGCACAAGACCAUGUAGUGAGCUGGGAAGAUGGCAGAUCUGAAAAUGACAGCAGGCAGCACAUCAAGAAGAAGAAGAAGAAGAAAAAGGACCGGGAGAACAGAGGCUCCAAAGCCUGUGGAGAAGAGCCCAGUUUCAAGAAAGCAAAGAUUAAACAAGAACCAAAGGAAGGGGAUGAAGAAAUAAAAGUGGUGGCAUUUAAGAAAGGAAACUGUGACGAAAUACAAAUAGACAAGUUGAGACGGCAGGCUCUCCAAGAAGAGAUUGACAGGGAAUCUGGCAAAAUGAAGACUGUCAAGGAAGAGGGAGAAUCGGAUGCCUAUUUUGGCCAGUGGACCACAGCGACCUUUGAAAAUUCAGAGCAAAAAAACAAGUUUCUCCGGCUGAUGGGUGGAUUUAAGAAGGUUUCCGUGCCAGUCCAAGGUCCUCCAGCACAUGCCUCCAAGCUGAACAUGGCUCUGGACAAGAGCAAAGAGCAGAACCUGCAGCAGAAGCUACAGACUGAAUUUGAGAAGGCGUUAGCUUGGAAGCACCACAGAGGCAUUGGCCUUGGAUUUCAGCCUCCCAUUCAGAAGCAGGUGCACAUAGAUAAAUUUGCAUCAAGAUCUAUAAAAUUUGAAGACUGAGCUAUCGGGGAGGCUUUCCUAAAUCAUGUUUGGUUUCCUUAACAGUGUUUCUUGUGGGGGUGGGGGUCAGGGGGGAGAACAACAUUUGUUGGAAUGACUAAGAAUGCCAGCAGGCAUCAGAUUUUUUUAAAAAAUGUCGGUGGCUAAAUGACCUCUCAGCAUAAUCGUUGGAUUUGUUCGUGUAUUUCAGACAGGUAAAAAAAAUCUCAAAUAUCUUUAUCCCAUUACCUUUUUGGCAGCUGGUGGUUGUAAAGGUCAAACUUCAUUUUUGAAAUGUUCAUUAGACUAGCUGUUGGGGGAGGUAUGGACAUGAAGUUAUUGGUCAUUUAAUGGACUGUCUGUUCACCCUGGCACCCUUUGCUUCCAAGCUUUUCAGUAGCCUGGAGCACUGGUGUUAGACCCACAGUAGUGACAGAAUGCCCAAAGCUAAAGAGUUGAGGAGAGACGUGGGUCUGAACAGGCUGAAGCAGCAGAAGCUGGGCUAACUAUGUCUUACUGUGCCAAAAAGCUGAACAAAACAUAUCCAGAAUUGAAAUGUCGGCUGCUGCCUUUUGAUUGACCCAUCUGUUGCCCAAUGGUCAGGAGAACAUGCAAAGUACAAUUUAAAUAAGCAGUGCACUUGAAACCCUGUGUCAUCUGACUUGGUCAGUCUUCAAGAGACUUUAUGAAAAGCCGUGCAUAAAAUGGUUUGUGCAGCACAGUCCCAUUAAGGUUUCACAGGGCGUUUGGGAUACUUCCAGCAUCCAGGGCUUCUAUGUCUAGUCGGUUAUUAAAAACAAAAAAACUAAACAUCCACAACAAAUAGUUGCAUGAUAUGUCUCAAAAUAUGAUCCACCCCUUUUUGGAAUAAUUACAAAACUUUUUCAUCAUAGUUGCUUUCUAGGUAAAGUCAGGGGUUCCCAAACUGCUCUGUGGGCCAUCAGUGGUCUGCAAAGCUUCAUGUGAUCCAUGGCAUAUCUGUGGAUUUGUGGUUGAAGGCAGCACAUCCAUCACAGUAAAGAUUCAUAGUGAUUUUUAAUUGCAUUUUACUGCUGCUUUUGUUUCCUAUGUUAUUCAUUGUA